AUGUUAGCUCAUUCCUCGGUAGAUUACCUGUUCAACAAUAUGCCCGGCGCCACGACCGCGUUUCCGGAUGAGUUUCGUAUGAUAUCUGGAGACUUAACCCUUCGUACCUUAGAUGCCUCUUCGUUUGCCCAACAAGCGGUGACAUUCCUCUGCCUCGAUUUCAAUGGGAAAUCGGUGAGGUACAAUGAGUUACCAGUCGGAAAGCACUGCCCUUCUGGGAUUCGUUCGCAAAUAAAUUUCCCUAGUUGUUGGAAUGGCAAGGAUGUUGACUCACUGGACCACAAAUCCCAUGUCGCAUGGCUCAGUACAGGACCUGACAACGGUACCUGCACGGAUGUUAACUUUCCUGUCACACUUCCCAGAAUCUUUAUGGAGGUCUAUUGGGUCUCCCAGGACUUUGAAGCUCAACGAAAGCAUGCUAUGACCCCGAGUCAACCGUUUGUAUUCGCUCAUGGCGACCCUACAGGAUAUGGCUAUCACGCGGAUUUCUUCAAUGGGCAAGUCCUUUACAAUUGUGGUACCUUGUUGAUGACAACUUUGAUGAUCAGAUGGGACUCUGGCGUCCUCCAGCGCGCCCUUGACGGAUGUAACUGCAAUCCGUAUGGUGAUUCGACGUGUUGUGUGAACCAAGGAAUCUUUGGAUUGAAUACGUCGGCAACAUGCUAUAUCACGAACACUAUCGACGAGCAAACGCUAGGAACAUUAGAUGUACUCCCCGGGAAUAACCCAGUACAAGGUUCGAUUUCUGAAUGUCUUCGACUUAUAACCCCGUUCAUCUUAUUCAGCUCCGUGUUAUCAGAACUAUCUUAA